GGCCGGCAGCGGAGACCGACCGGCCACGGCGACCACACCGCGCCACGCAGCGCUCAGUGCACGCGCUGCCUGCCGCCUGCCCAGUGCCCGCCAGCCUGCGUGGCUCUCCACUCCCGAGUCUCGCGACACGCACGAGCGUACGCAUACGAACCCGCCACAUACGUACCACACCGACCACCACUUCAAAACGAAAAACUUUUAAAUCGCCCCGCUUUCUUAAAAUUAAACUUGUGUCUCGCUUGCCCCUUUGUUUACGUUCAGUGCGAUUUUCUGUUAACUUUCCGGGCUUUUCCGAGUGUACUGAAAGUGAAGUGUAGGUAUUAAUACAUAUUUGAAUGGCAUAAUUGAAGGAAAAUCGAGAGCUGAACCGAAAGGUGUUGCGUACGAGUGUUGUGGCGCGAGGGUGUGAUGCGAGGGGCGCGCAGCGGCGUGCAUCGGCGCCGCGCGUAACGACCAUGCGACGCCCGCCCACCGAACUCGCCGUCGCUUGCCUCGUGCUUCUAGCUUUCAUCACCGACCCUGUUCUGGCGGAUGUCGCUAGCUUUAUCAAGGGCGACCGUGCACCGUGUUCAAACGAAGGCGAGGUCGUCCGCCUCCAAGACUCAAAAUUUAAGCAGGACUGGAGUAGCUGCUUUCGUUGUAUUUGUAAGAACGGAUUUGUGGAGUGUCGGAAGGGUGCAGAAGAGUGCGGUCUCAUGGAGGACUGUGCAGUCGUGAUGCCUCGCGAAGGCUGCUGCGCUCGCUGCAAGGGCUGCUGGUACAAUGGCACGGAGCACGCAUCGCACACGGAGUGGAACGACGAGGGGAAGCUGCUUCGCUGCGAAGCGGGCGUAGUCACAAUAUCGCGCCCGGAGUGCUACCUCCCCUGUGACAGUCCCAAGCAUCAAAGACACAACCAUUACAACUGUCCCGUUUGUGAAGAGUGCAUUAUCAACGGCCAACCAGUUUGGGAAGGUCGUGAUGUCCGUAUAUCAGAGGAGCCCUGUUUGUCGUGUCGGUGUGUGCGCGGGGCGCUGUCGUGCACCAAGCGAGCCUGCCCCGUGCUGCCCUGUGCUGUCUCCCAGCAGUACACACCUCCGGGAGAAUGCUGUCCAAGAUGCUCACAUCCCACCGCCGAUAAAAUACUUCCAAUUUCAGGGUAUUCGCUACCGAAACCGUGUAUAAUUGGUAAGGAGUUUCACGCACACCAAAGUCCAUUUAGGGUGGACCCUUGUACAGAUUGCACAUGUAUGAAUGGCACUGCCGUGUGCACACGGCACACGUGUCCUGUGCUGACCUGCGGAGCUCGAGCGUUGCCUCCUCCUCCUGGUAAAUGCUGUCCAGAAUGCCCACAGAUCGAAGAAGCUAAGGCGGCUUGUGUUGUCGCUGGGAAAACUUAUCAAGAUGGAGAAACAUGGCAACUAGACGCAUGCAAAUCCUGUGAAUGUCACGGCGGAGAACCGCGAUGUGCAAUGGAACGGUGCAAGACAUUAAGCUGUCCCCCAGAUCAAACAUUACGGCAGUUACCCGGACAGUGCUGUCCAAAAUGCGUUGACAUCGACGGAAUUUGUACAGUUUUUGGUGAUCCGCACUAUAAAACUUUCGAUGGAAAAUUUUAUAGCUUCCAAGGUUCUUGCAAGUAUCAAUUGGUAUCCGAUUGCAAAAAUCAUACAUUUUCGAUAAGAAUAUCGAAUGACGCUCGGAAUACCUCACAUUCCUCGUGGACACGUACUGCAACGCUUCGCAUCGGCUCUACCAAAAUAAAUAUGGGGAAAAGAAUGCGCAUUAAAGUUAACGGACAGAGAAUCACACUUCCGCAUAGCAUAAACGGUGUGGCCGAUAUCAGCCGGAGUAACGGAUCCGUUAUACUGAAAGCUGAAAUUGGGGUUCAAAUGUUAUGGGACGGCGACGGAUUUUUGGAAGUGACAGUGUCUAGUUCUUACAAAGGCAAGUUGUGUGGUUUAUGUGGGAACUUUAAUUCAGUAGCGAGAGACGAUAUGAGGACACGUGAUGGUAGACUGUUGAAUGACACUUGGAGGUUUGGGUCAUCGUGGCGGGUCGGAGGACAUCGUGCGUGCACUCGGAGACAGGAGAGGCCGGGUGGGAUCUCUCGAUGUCGCCAAUCGAAACUGACCAAAGUGCGACGGUUGUGCCGCGUGUUCGAUCAUCACAAAGCUUUUGCGGAGUGUGGGGCUAAAGUGAACCCGCAUAAUUAUAAGGAAGCGUGUCUUCUGGAUGCGUGUAGCUGUACUGGUUUUCGAUGUCACUGCGCGGCUUUCAGAGCUUAUGCGAGAGAAUGCGCACGUGUCGGAGCAGAACCAUUGAAUUGGGUUCACGCAGCAUGGUGUGAAGGUCCGCCGCCGCAGUGGCUCAACCGAGGAGGUCGUAAGGGGUUCGGUCGAGCUGCUAAGUCCAAGGACACCAGCUUGUUGAACAUUGGUGCGCUGCCGAAGCGGAAUACUAGCCGCUCCCGACCUCCGCCUCCAAUCUUGCACUAAUUUAUUGCGGCAACAAAAUUACUAGUCAAUAAUGCCAGUGUGGCAAUGUGAGGAUGUAAUCGGAAUGGGAUAGAUGUUGUACUGUACGUGGGUUGCACCUGUGAGGCGCGAUGUUGUAGGAACGACGAUCUAUUUACAUAAACAGUAUUCAUGUAAACUACUUAUAGUUAAGUAAACCAGCUUUUAUAUAUUACAAUACAAUGUACACCAUCUGUACAUUAAUAGUACCUCGCUAAACGACCAGCAUCUAUAUUUAAAUGAAUGUUUGUGAAUCAUUCCCGUAUUUAGUGUUGAUACUGAUUUGUGAAUGUUAUUUGGGUGAUUGGAAGUGGAUGUGGUUAUGGGAGAUUGGACUAAGGAGUGAAAUUGUAAUAAUAAAAUAUUAAAUAUUAUGUCCAAAAAAUAAACUCUUUACCUACUCGUUUGACGCGUGAUAUCGUAAUUCGUAAAGCCAUUCUUCUAUUGGUCUAUGCGGCCGUUAGCGUACUUAAAUUAUUCUCAAAUUGAUAACAUCCAGGCUUAGUCUGAUCUUAAAUAACUACCACGUAAUAUGAAGUU